AUGGAUCGUUAUGGUCAAGGAGGAGGCGGUAGCGGCGGAGGUGGUGGAUACAACAAUUUUUCUGUACCUCCACCAAAUUAUCAAAUGGGUUCCGAUGGCGGUGGUGGACCGUAUAGCAAGCCUCCUCCAUCGUACAAUAAACCAGGAGGUUACGAUUCCGGCAAUCGUGGUGGUAAUUCAGGAGGUGGUUGGCAAGAUCGCAGUGGCGGCGGUAGCGGAGGAUAUGGAAAUGGAGGCGGCAACAAGGACAGCUACAAUAAAGGUGGUGGCGGUGGAUACGGUGGUAGUAGCGGCGGUGGUGACAUGAUUACUCAGGAGGAUACCAUCUUUGUAUCUGGCAUGGAUCCAUCAGCGACCGAAUUGGACAUUGAAACUCAUUUCGGAGCUAUUGGUAUAAUUAAAAAAGACAAACGUACCAUGAAACCAAAGAUUUGGUUGUACCGUAAUAAAGAAACUGGCGUUUCUAAGGGUGAAGCGACCGUAACUUACGAUGACAUUAAUGCUGCUCAAUCAGCCAUUGCGUGGUUUGAUGGUCGCGAUUUUAACGGAUGUAUUAUAAAGGUGUCCCUAGCUCAACGACAAAAUAAUUGGAACAAAGGAGGUGGAGGUCGCGGUGGUGGCGGCGGCGGUGGUCGUGGCCGUGGAGGUGGCGGCUUCGGUGGUGGUGAUCGCGACCGUGGAGGCAGCCGUUUUGAUCGAGGUGGCGGCUCAGGCGACUUUGAUUCAGUUCGCGGUGGUGGCGGUGGUGGUGGAAACAACAACGUUGCUCCCCGUGAAGGCGAUUGGAGAUGUAGUAGCUGUAAUAAUACUAACUUUGCUUGGCGUAAUGAAUGUAAUAGAUGUAAAACACCAAAAGGCGAUGAUGACGGUGGUAACAGCGCCGGAGGCCGCGGGGGCGGUGGAUAUGGUGGCGGCGGCGGUGGCUACAACAGAGAUAACCGUGGUGGUGGAGGUGGCGGUUAUGGAGGUGGUAAUCGCUUUGGAGGCGGCCGAGGAGGUGGUGGUCCCGGUGGCGAUCGAGGCGGUCGACGUGACUUUGGUGGAAACAGUGGGGGUGGAGGUCCCAUGCGUGGUAAUAGCCCUGGAAAUAACCGAUCACGACCUUAUUAAUUGGA